AUUGUAUUCUUGGUUGAGUCAACUCCUUAAAUCAAUUUUAGUGAUUUUCAGAUUAUUAAAUUAAUUCAUAUGAUCUGUAAUUAUAUUCGAUAAUUUUUAUUACUAUUACACCAAAAGAAAACUGUGUAAAAGCUAAUGAAUAGAACCAUUUAAUUUUUAAACUGAAGCAUGCAAUAAUUUAAAAAGCAAUAUGUUGGCGACACUGGUUAUAACCACUACUCAUUUACCUUCUGUCUGCUGACCAUGUUUUGUUGUUGGUUGUAUUAAUGUUCCGAGAGAUUUAGAUACCUUUUCAUUUUUUUUAAUUAUGUCGGAGGAUCAGCUUAAUAAAAUAUGGGAAUUGGAAUUAGAUAUUCUGAUUGGUCAAAUUCCAACAAGUUCGUGUAAAGGCUUACCGGCUGUAGAACAUUUACAACGUGGUGAGUAUAGUUCUUUGGUUGAAUCCUCUGUGGUUCAUGAUAUCCUCACCUUCUCAGAAGACUGUGCAUUUCAAAUAAAUGUACCUUUGGAUUUUUUAAGGAAUAUUGUUAAUAGUUAUCUUUCUAAACAUGUGACUGUAAAUGAGCAGUUUGAAGUUUUGUGUGCAGGUGUUGCUUGUAUGAAUGCAUUCAUUCAGUCAAACUGGAUUGGACCAGAAUAUAAAGCACCAGAAUCACUCACAGCUUUACUUACCCCUGUUGUAAGAAAAUGUUUUCCAGAUGACAAACCUCGUCAUAAAAAUGUUACUGAUUGUAUUCAGUUAAUGCUUUCAGAAGAUGGUGAAGAAAUCUGUACAUCCAUACUUAAUCCAGAAUUGCUUGUACUGGCUCAAGCGAUUUUUGGUUCUAAUCUAUCUGAGUUAAGAACUCCUGACUGGUGGUUACUUAGAUCCACCUAUAUUCAACAGCAAAUUUUAGAUGAACAGUCACCUACAUUGCAAGAACAAUUAAGCAGGCUGAGUAAUCGUGUUCAAAAUUUCAAUUGGAUUAGUAAUUAUAAAUAUCUGCAGGUACUUUCAGAAUUGGAAAUUGCACGUAUACAUUUACACUAUGGAAAAAUAGCUGCAUCAGACAAGGAAAUUAAAAAGGCUCUUUCAAUGUUACGAAUGGAUAUUAAUCUUACAGGUGCAUUAGGUAAACGAACAUAUUAUCAGAAUAGGGAUCUUGCCCAAUUAAUGAUCAGUGUUAAUGUUGAUCGAAAUAAUGGAAUAGAAAAUGACUGUGAUUUACGAAAGCAAGAUUCAAUUGAUUUUCCAAAAGAUAUAUCACUUAAUGAUGAUGUAAGAAUGCCUCAAGUAGCUUUUUCUAAUCCGCAAGAUGGCGAUUUCCCUGCCCUUUAUCCAUUAGAACAAGCAACAUUAUUAGCAGUUUAUGUUUUUAAAAAGAAAAGUCAAGCUAAAGAUCAUCUUCAAAAUGAAGAGUUAAUGCCUUUUUUAAAUUGUUUGCUUUCUCACCCUAAAGUUUGGGCUUUUCAGUUUUCAGCUCUCCAUUUACGUUCCCGUUUGGAAUGUGAGCACAAACGAACUAUUGAACGUGCACUCCUUCAGACUCAAAAUCUCAUGGAGUUAGAAAGUAAUAAAACACCGAUUACCGAGCGACUGUUUUUAUUUUAUUGCAGUUAUGCUCCACCAUCUUUUAUAGUUGCAUCUGAAUGUGCAUCAAUGUUAGUAUCCACUGGUUCCUUACAGUCAGCUUUAGAUCUGUUUCUUAAAUUACAACUAUGGGAUGAAGUUAUUGCUUGCUACAAUUAUCUGAAGCUUAGGCACAAAGCUGCUGAAGUUAUCAGAGAACAAUUAAAAAAUGGAGAAACUGUUAAAUUACUAUGUUCACUUGGUGAUGCUACGGAUGAUGUCCAAUGCUAUGAAAGAGCUUGGGAACUUUCCAAUCACAAAAGUGCUCAAGCAAAAAGGCAUUGGGGCAUGUUUUACUUCAACAAAAAAAUGUAUAAGGAAUGUAUAGAACAUUUUAAACAGUCUUUAGCUAUUAAUAGUUUACAAAUAGCUAUUUGGUUUCGCUUGGGGUAUGCUACUCUAAUGGAACGCAGAUGGGAGGAAAGUGCUACUGCUUAUAGAAGGUAUUGUGCUUUAGAACCAGAUAGUUUUGAAGCAUGGAAUAAUCUUGCUAAAGCUUAUAUUUUAUUAGGGCAAAAGCAUAGAGCUUAUAAUGCUCUUCAAGAGGCUAUUAAAUGUAAUUUUGAAACAUGGCAGGUAUGGGAUAAUUUAAUGGCUGUCAGUAAUGAUUGUGGUGACUUUGAAGAAGUUAUACAUUGUUACCAUAGGAUUUUGGAUUUAAAAGAGAAACAUAUUGAUGAACAAAUAUUAACAGUUCUAACCACGGUUAUUGUCAAUAAUGUCAAAGAUUGUAAGGGCCAGUCGGCUUCAGUUCAUCGUAAGAAAGCAUUGGAACUUUUUGGAAGGAUAACAUCUAAAGUAAUGGGAAAUCCUACAAUAUGGCAGUUGUAUGCUCAGUUAACCUCCAGUAUUGAAGAACAAACAUCAAUUACACGAUCUAAAGCUAUUCAGUAUUAUCAAAGAGCUUAUACUGCUGCCACUCAAGAUAAUUCAUGGUUUAGAGAUUAUGAAUCUAUGCAAAAUGUUUUCAAGCUCUGUGAAAAACUAGCUGAUGCGCAUUUGACAUUCGUUAAAGAAUGUGCUUCAACUAAUGAGGCUGCUUCUUCUUUAUCUUCAGCCAAGUUCGCAAUAGGUAAUGUGAUUGCUAAAAUUAAUCAGCAGAUGGAAAAUGUGGAAAAAUCAGAAAUAAAUGGAACAAUAAAUAAUGACUUGAUGUCCUUACAAAAAACCUUAGAAACCGUCCAAGAGGAACUUGCCAAAAUAAAAAGCUGUUAGCGUCAAGUGCUGGUCAGUUUGUAAAUAAUAUAGAUGUAUAUACUUAUAUGUAACUGUGCCAAAUAUAUUCUUUCCAUUUACUUGUAUAUCUGUAUCGAAAGAUGUAAAAUUUUAAAGACCCUAUUAUAUUUAUUUAUUGAAAUAUUAUAUAUUUUGUUUUGUAUGAAAUCAAGAAAAAAAUUUUAUGAUUAUUCAAAUAAAUAUUUAAUUUUAUUGCCAUGUUUCCUUACUAUACCUUAUGAUUUCAUAAUAAAUUAUUACUAUAAAAAAGAUAAAGGUAU